CAGGAAGUGGUAGUCAGUACGUGGACUUAUCAUCUUGCACCAUAGAAACAGGAGCUCCGCUUCACAGAAAAAUGGAACUCGAGGCUAUGACCAGAUACACCAGCCCGGUGAACCCGGCUGUGUUCCCCCACCUCACUGUGGUCCUGCUGGCCAUCGGCAUGUUCUUCACCGCCUGGUUCUUCGUCUACGAGGUGACAUCAACGAAAUACACCAGGGACGUCUACAAAGAGCUGCUCAUCUCCCUCGUGGCUUCACUUUUCAUGGGCUUCGGUGUGCUGUUCUUACUACUCUGGGUUGGCAUCUAUGUUUGAAGUUUCGGGUGACUGAUUUAAAAGAAUGAGACAUUCCAGUGAGACGGAAGAACAUCACACACAACACAGACGGGAUGUAACGGGACUGCACUGACAACAUUUUGGGAUCAUAUGGACUCUGGUUUUCUUGUCACAAGUAAAGGGGGAUUUGUACAA